AUGAUAAAAAUUACUGUUGAAGACCACUUCAAACACAGGUUCACCAAUCUUGGUGGAUACAGACCAAUUUUGGAAGGGAUUCAUUUUAGCAGCCUGACUGAAGCUGACAGUUUGGAUCUUGAGAAAGAUUUCUCUAAAGAGGAGAUCAAAGGUGUCAUUUGGGAUUGUGAUGGAGACAAAAACCCUAGUUUAGAUGGGUUUAACCUCACUUUCAUAAAGAACUAUUGGGAUAUAUUGGGAGAGGAAAUCAUUGAUGUCAUACAAGAGUUCUACAAUACAACCACUUUACCUAAAACCUUCACUGCUUCUAUUUUGGCUCUCAUCCCAAAGAUCCAAAAUCCACAGUAG